GGUAUCAUGUAUGCGGCUGGUUCCAGGGGACACUCCCCUGCUUUCCUGCAACCUCAAAACGGAAACGGCCACCGCUCACCUGGUUAUGUUCCCGGGAAAGUGGUUCCCUUUCGGCCUGCUCCUCCUCCAAAGAACCACGCCUCAGCCAAACUGACCUCCAGGAGCCAAGAAGCCCCAGCAACCUUUGCUUUCUCCCCCGAGGAGCAGCGAACUCCGAGGGAGGACCGAAAGCAGAAGAGACACAAGAACACCUUCAUCUGCUUUGCCAUAACCAGCUUCUCGUUUUUUGUGACGCUCGCAGUCAUUUUGGGAAUAUCCUCCAAAUAUGCUCCAGAUGGUAUGUGGCGCAUCUGUGUGUGAAUGGCGUGAGUGCGCAUGCGCACAUCGCGCAUAGUCCAAAAGAAGCGAUAAGGGGAGGACAUAGCACACUUUAAAGAAAAGGGCCUUUUGUUGCUGAGGCUGGCCUUGACUGCCUAAUGCACAGGUAGGAUGAGGUGUGAGUUCUUACGAAUGAGAGCAUCUGUGGGAAAUCGUAAGUGGGAAGGUUUGUCUCAGGGCUCAAGCUGUUCUUGGCGCAUCUCUUUAAGUGUUCUUUACAAAUCCCCGUGGGAGUGUGCAGGAUCGUUACUUUGUGGGAACUGUGAGUUUUGGACCACAAAAAGUGUACUCGGUUAUCCACAUAGUGAUAAAACGGACAUGACUAAAGAUCUUUUUUAGUGCUUUGAAAUGGUGUGAUAAGCAGUGCAAAAAAGCUGAGUUACGGACUGUAUCCUUAAAAGAAACUGGCCUCCAGGUGUCUAAGUUGAUACGUUUUUUCCAGUCCACCCAUUCUGUUCAUAGCUGAAGUUCAGGUAGGGAUCUUUAAUUCCUCAAGUGAUAUUUGCUUUUCAAGGAGCCAGGCCAGACACUUAAUGAUCAGUGCUGAGGAGAUAAUUCAGUUGGUGAGGAUCCCAGUUUAGUGCCCACAACCUAUGUGGGGUUCGUCACAGCCACCUGGAAUUCUAGGGGCUCCAACACCCUCUUCUGCUUCCCUUGGACAUUUGCACACCCGCCAUGCAUUCAUUCACAAACAGAUCUGGGUGAAAAUUUUAAAAAAAAGAUCUUAAAAAAAAAAAAAAAACAAAACCAAAACUGGGUGUGUGGCAUGUGCUUGUAAUCUCAGUGCUGGGAAGGUGGGACCAGGAGAUUCCUGAGUCAUAAUGGAGCCAGCCUAGCCUGACAGAGGACUGACUCACUCUCUGGGUUGCUCUCUUAUCUCCACAUGCAUGGGUUCCUCACUCAAAUACACACACAGACACACUAAGGGAGGGAGAGAAUGAGUGUGUAUGUCUCUCUCUCUCUCUCUCUCUCUCUCUCUCUCUCUCUGUGUGUGUGUGUGUGUGUGUGUGUGUGUGUGUGUGUGUGUUGGAGAAUCUUGUUGCCUGCAGCUUCAAUAUGUUUCAGCCAACAGUAGCUUCAUAGAAGUGCCUGUGGAACAUUCUAAAACUCAGAGUGCCUGGGGCUGUGACAUAGAGGACUGUCUGGUCCAUUGUCUUGUAUCUUUUUUGAACAAAGUCUAUGACAGAUCUCCUUAACUGGAUAUAAUAAAGUUAGCAGUUGAAGCCCCUUUGGCCUUUUAUAAAGCUUACAAGUUAUUAUUUUAUUUUGGUUUUCAGGGUGCUUUAAGGAUUUUGUAAAUUUUAAGGUCCUGCAGGAAGUAGUUACCAACAUUUCUAGGAGAAUGCACAGGGAGUAAGAGAGAUGAACCUCUCCACAGUCAUCUUUGUUGACCGAGCCAGUUGGCCACACCGUGAAUUUAUUUGAUUUCCCUUACAUGGAGAGCUGAAUUUCGAUUCCCAGUUCCAAACAUAAUAACCAAGUUCUGAUUCACAUUUUCCAAAUAAUCUUCAGGAGAGGGAAGCCAGACUACUGGGAAAUCAGAACCGAAGCCUGUGGCUUUCUUUGGUAUUUUCUUAGUCCAUCUGAGACACUGGGCUGCAGAUACAGUUCCUUGAGUUGGUGUUCUUCAAUUUCCCAUGUUGGCCAUGCAAGUGCAAAUGAUGGCUGGAAACAUCUCGUGUGCUGAAAUGUUUUAUGGUCAGCCUCACUGUGGCUUUCCCUGUUAUCAAUGUGCUCACUCAACAAUUGGGCUACCCUGGAAGGUGGGGCUGACUGAGUUGACUUUUAAUGGUUUUUGCACAUCAUACAUUUUCUCAUUUAAGUAUAUUUCACUGGCAGGAACCGUGAUACGGGGGUGAUGGCUCUAACGAAGGGUGCUCUGUAGGAACUGAUUUCACAGUUAAGAGAAUACACAUCACAAUUACAAUGGACUUCCGGUCUCCACAGACAGGAGUUCCUUCUCAGUAGCUUGUGACAUGGGACACACAUUUGCUUCUUAUCGGACACUAUGGAGAAUUCCAGCCGUAUGUUUUAUGAAAGAAUUGGAAGCUUGAAGAAAAGUCAUUUUAUUUCUGGUAGUACUAGGGACUGAACCCUGGGCUUUACGCUAAGCAGGAUUCUGCCAGUGAGAUAAACGGUCAGCCCCAAGGAUACUGCCUUUAAUAUAAUGGUGGUGGUCACUGGAGAAUCUGAAGAGAUAAAUAUUAAGGAUGGAUCUAGUAUGUGAAGAACAAUGCCAUCAAACAGUUACCAAGGCCUUAGUGAGGUCAAUUUAACUCCAGUUGCUCCCACUUCAGAGUGACAACAUAAGCCACUUAGGUGCUUAGAAACAGGAAGGGUGUGCAGGUUCAAACUUACAUGCUCUUCUUCCUUACCAGCUCUCUACUUUCACACAGGAGCCUUCGCCCUAAACACAGUAUCUUCUUCUUGUCCUAAGCAUAUGCCACUCUUUCCUUAACUUAAAUACAGGUGACUUGAGUAACAAUUGGACCAGGAUGGUAUGGGGGUGGGGGAUAUAUUUCUUCUAUUCUUUUUAAAAUAGGUACUUUUAUUGUUUUUUUUUUUAAUGUUUAUGUGUGUGUUUGUAUAUGUGUGAGUGCAUGCCCCCUGAAGGGGUUGAUCACAGAAGCUGGAAGAGAUUAAUGGAUUCCUUGGAGCUGUGCUUACAGGCACUUGGGAGCUGGAUGUGAGAGAAUUGUCCAGAUCAAAACCCUCGUCUCAGGAACUGGGAUCCAGGACAAGAUUCUGCGAAACACAUUGUUAUCAAGGAGGGGGAUAUGCUUCGCCUGACCUCAGAUGCUACAGUGAAUUCUAUAGUCAUUCAGGAUGGAGGACUGCUUGUGUUUGGGGAUGACAAAGACGGAUCCAGGAAUAUAACUUUGAGGACUCGAUACAUCCUGAUACAGGAUGGUGGGGCGCUUCAUAUUGGAGCAGAAAAAUGCCGCUAUCGAUCCAAAGCGACAAUUACCUUGUACGGCAAGUCAGACGAACAUGAAAGUAUGCCAACAUUUGGCAAGAAGUUUAUUGGCGUGGAGGCUGGCGGGACACUGGAGUUACAUGGGGCUCGGAGGACAUCAUGGACGAUGCUGGCGAGGACUCUGCAUUCCUCGGGCUUGCCCUUUGGCUCCUACGCCUUCGAAAAGGACUUCUCCCGGGGCCUUAAUGUGAGGGUCAUUGACCAAGACACAGCUAGAGUUUUAGAACACGAGAAGUUUGACACCCAUGAGUACCACAACGAGAGCAGGAGACUUCAGGAAUUUUUGAGAGCUCAGGAUCCCGGCCGCAUUGUUGCUAUUGCUGUUGGAGAUUCAGCCGUCAAGAGCCUGUUACAGGGAACCAUCCAGAUGAUCCAGGACCGGUUGGGAAGUAAGCUGAUCCAAGGCCUGGGCUACAGGCAAGCUUGGGCUUUAGUUGGUGUCAUCGAUGGUGGAAGUUCUUCCUGCAAUGAAUCUGUGAGAAACUAUGAAAACCACAGCACUGGUGGCAAGGCCCUAGCACAAGGAGAAUUCUACACCCUGGAUGGUCAGAAGUUCUCUGUGACAGCUUACAGUGAAUGGAUUGAAGGAAUUUCCCUUUCGGGUUUCCGGGUGGACAUUGCGGAUGGAGUGAAGCUUCACCUGUUGGACGAUGUCAGCAGUUGGGGAGCCGGAGACCGGAUUGUGGUUGCGAGCACCGACUAUUCCAUGUACCAGGCAGAGGAGCUGACGCUUCUGCCCUGCCCCGAGUGCAGCCGUUUUCAGGUCAAAGUUAAAGAGAUCCCCCAGUACCUGCACGUUGGUGAGAUCAUAGACGGGAUAGACAUGAGAGCGGAGGUUGGACUUCUCACCCGGAACAUUGUGAUCCAAGGAGAAACGGAGGACUCAUGCUACGCUGAUAAUCACUGCCAGUUCUUUGAUUAUGACACCUUUGGGGGACAUGUCAUGAUAGAGAAGAAUUUUACUUCAGUCCAUCUGUCUUAUGUGGAGUUGAAGCACAUGGGCCAGCAGCAUCUGGGACGCUAUCCUGUGCAUUUUCACCUGUGUGGAGAUGUGGAUUCUAAAGGAGGGUACCGAGUGCCAACGUCUGUGAACGGCCUGUCUAUUCAUCACAGCUUUUCAAGGUGCAUCACUGUGCACGGGUCCAGUGGCUUGCUCAUCAAAGACACCAUUGGAUUCGACACCCUAGGUCAUUGCUUCUUUUUGGAAGAUGGUGUUGAACAGAGAAACAUUUUGUUCCAUAACCUGGGGCUUCUUACCAAGCCGGGCACUCUCCUCCCCACCGACAGGAACAGCUCCAUGUGCACCGUCAUGCGUGAUGGAGUGUUUGGAAACUACAUCCCCGUGCCUACCACAGAUUGUAUGGCUGUUUCAACUUUCUGGAUUGCCCACCCCAACAACCAUCUGAUCAAUAACGCAGCUGCAGGCUCACAGGAUGCUGGAAUAUGGUAUUUAUUCCACAAGGAACCAACUGGGGAAUCCAGUGGAAUGCAGCUCCUGGAGAAGCCAGAACUCACGCCACUGGGAAUAUUUUAUAACAACAGGGUUCAUUCAAAUUUUAAGGCUGGUUUAUUUGUUGACAAAGGUGUCAAAACGACCAACUCCAGUGCCUCUGACCCAAGGGAGUACCUGUGUCUGGAUAACAGUGCAAGGUUUCGGCCCCAUCAGGAUGCAGACCCUGAAAAGCCACGAGUUGCGGCUGUCAUCGACAGACUCAUUGCUUUUAAAAACAAUGACAAUGGUGCCUGGGUCCGAGGAGGAGACAUUAUUGUUCAGAAUUCAGCAUUUGCAGAUAACGGGAAGGGGUUGACCUUUGCCAGUGAUGGGAGCUUCCCAAGCGAUGAAGGGUCCAGCCAGGAAGUGUCGGAGUCCCUCUUUGUCGGGGAGAGUAAGAAUUACGGCUCUCAGGGUGGCCAGAACAAGUACAUGGGCACAGGGGGAAUAGACCAGAAGCCUCGGACGCUACCUAGGAACAGGACAUUCCCAAUCCGAGGCUUUCAGAUUUAUGACGGGCCUAUUCAUCUCACAAAGAGCACGUUCAAAAAAUAUGUGCCAACUCCAGACAGGUACAGCAGCGCAAUCGGCUUCCUCAUGAAGAAUUCCUGGCAGACAACACCCAGGAAUAACGUCUCUCUUGUGAAGUUUGGUCCACAGGUCUCUCUGAACGUCUUCUUUGGAAAGCCUGGCCCCUGGUUUGAGGAUUGUGAGCUGGAUGGUGAUAAGAACUCCAUCUUCCACGACAUUGAUGGCUCUGUGACAGGAUACAAGGACACCUAUGUAGGAAGGAUGGACAACUACCUGAUCCGCCAUCCAAACUGUGUCAGCGUUACUAAGUGGAAUGCAGUGGUCUGCAGUGGGACCUAUGCCCAGGUGUAUGUUCAGACGUGGAACACGCCGAAUCUUAGCAUGAUCAUCACGCGAGACGAAUACCCAUCCCACCCAAUGGUGCUUCGGGGCAUUAACCAGCGGGCCAUCUCCCCACAGUACCAGCCUGUCGUCAUGCUGGAGAAGGGCUACACCAUCCACUGGAGUGGCCCAGCGCCACGUACCACUUUCUUGUACCUCGUGAACUUCAACAAGGAUGACUGGAUCCGGGUCGGCCUCUGUUACCCGUCCAACACGAGCUUUCAGGUGACCGUGGGCUUUCUGCAGCGGCAGAACGGCUCCUUAUCCAGAAUCGAGGAGUACGAGCCUGCGCAGUCGAUGGAGGAGCUGCAGAAGAAGCCGUCUGAGAGAAAAUUCUACUUUGACUCUGGCACAGGGUUAUUGUUUCUGUAUCUCAGAGCCCACAGCCACAGAGAUGGCCACAGUUACUGUUCAUCUCAGGGAUGUGAAAGAGUCAAGAUUCAGGCAGCCACAGACUCCAAAGAUAUGAGUAACUGCAUGGCCAAAGCGUACCCACAGUAUUACAAGAAACCCUCGGCAGUCAAGCGCAUGCCAGCCAUGCUCACCGGGUUCUGUCAAGGCUGUGGCACCCACCAGAUGGUGUUCAGCAGUGACCCUCACAAGAGCUACCUCCCUGUUCGAUUCCAGUCCCCUGGGAAAGCAGAAAUUCAACGUGGAGAACCAUCUGUUAUUUCCGUCAAUGGUACUGACUUUACCUUCCGGAGUGCAGGUGCCUUCCUCCUCAUUGUGGAUGCCUGCAGUGUGCCCUUCCGGUUGACGGAAAAGCGGAUGUUCCUUUCUGCAGACAUCAGUCACUUGGAAGAAUAUCUAAAGGCUAGCAUCCCUCCAAGGUCAAUCGUUCUCUUGAGCACAAGAGGAGAAAUCAAGCAGAUGAAUAUCUCGGAUUCAUUCGUGCUUCUGGGACUGGCCAAGCCAGCACAUCUGUACAACAAAGGUAGUACUGUAUUUUUGGGAUUCAGCGGAAACUUCACCCCAUCGUGGACUAGGCUGUUCACCAGUCCUGAUGUGCAGGGCCUCGGGGUGCUCGAGCAGUAUCUCCCCCUGCAGAUGGAGGAAUAUGGGUGCUCCAGGACCAGCAGUGUCCACAGAAGGGACCUUGAACUGUUACAGCAGGCUUUGAAAGGGCUUUAAAGACUUGCCUGUAAUUUAAGUGCUGGGAAAGAAAAGAAAAUGUGAACUAACUUAUUUAAUUUAUGGCAUUUUAAGACAACACUGUUAACCCGAUGGAACCAUUUUCUUGUUUUGAUACAGAAGGGAGAGAAAGAACUCAAAGCAGUUGCUUGAGUGCCGGUUUGUGCACUGUGGCGUUGUGCAGGUGGGAAAGAACCCUUUUGUCUUUGUGAGGCUGCUGAGUUCGGAGAGCAGUUCUCAUGCCCCUUCUUUGAUAAGCCCAUCACGGGUGCUUUCUGUAUAGUAGGAUGCAGGGAGCCCAAGGGCUCCCCGAGCUCCUCAGAGGACGGGCUGCUGUGGCAUUUCAGAUACUUGAAGUCGAAUGCUCAGUCCUGCAGCCAACUCCACUGGCUGCCCUGUUCAGUGAUGUCUGGGGCUCAUUUCUGUACAGCCCACAAGGGUUUUGUGUGAUGCCAGAUCCGGUUUUAAGUAACAACUCAGGCCCAGCACAUGUCCUCCUUGCCUGGUCAUGUGCCCUUUUUAUUCACUUGUAUACUGAUUACUUUAGAGGGUUCACCUUUCAAAGAGGGAACCAUAUUGGGACAAAAGAGUUUUUGAAAUCUUUUUGAUCUGUGACCAUUGAGGAAAAGGAAAGAAAGGAAGAAACAGCACAAAACUAUUACUUGCUUCCAGGUCUGAGGUUGGUGGGACUUUUUCUGCAGCUUUAAUCCUUAACCUGUCUUGACCUUUAAAAUGCAGAGCUGAAGUGAUUUACUUUCCUUUAAAAGAAGCAAGCCACUUCCAAAACCGUAAACUCCUGUCAUUUGAACUUGCACAGGAAAGCUAGGUGUAGUGGUGCUCGCCUUUGAUCACAGCUCUCCAGAAGCAGGAGGAUCUCUGUGAGUUUGAGGCUAGCCUGGUCUACACAGUGAGUUCCGGGACAGCCAGGGCUAAGUAGAGAAACCCUGUCUCAAAACAAACAAAACAAAAACAAAACAAAACAAAAUCGCCCUGCAACAAAAAUUAACUUGCAAAAGGAAACCUGUCCUUGGUUUUGGUUUUGUACCUGUGUUUUGUUGUGUGGAAUUUUUUUUUUUAAGCGUCUCUGCUCAUUGUCCUACCAGAAAAUCCCAGAGAGCUCACUGCUUGCUACUCCAUAAAUAUUGUACCCAAGGAAAGGGAUCAUGGAGUCUGUGGAUAUGAGCUUCUUUGUAGCCUUUAAAAGAGGGAGUCUCUCUCAGUGAAUAUAGCUUUCAAAGACAAGGAGAAAGAACUCCGGGUCGCCCAGCUCUGCUUCCCCUGGGCUUUUCCUCAGCUAGUGCGGACACAUGUGGCAAAGGAGGCUGGCUCUGCAGCCAAGAGGGAAGAUGGAUCAGAAUGCUGCUGUGGGGCGCGAAGGCAGGUGGAUGAGUAGCCAGGCACUUCCUGGCUAACAGUAGCAACUGAGUAUAGAAAAGUUCAUCUUCCUCCAUGGAGGGCCGAGGCUGAUGCCUGUGCGUUGUGUCCAGGAGACAUUCUAGAACAGCUCUGUGACUUGUGAUACUUUACAGAACAUGCUACCUCAAAGUGCUGUGACAAACCAUGCGGACUGUAGUGCUCACAGGACGGGCACGUGUCUCAAUCAAAGUUUGGUUAUUUGUUUAUCUGGGUUUUUUAGAUGUGGGUGUUUUUGUUUGUUUCUUUUUUCUUUCUUUCGUCCUGUUUUUUUUUUUUUUUUUUGUACAGUGAGAUCUUACCUAUUAAAUAUAUUUAGUGGGUCAUGGUUCCUGAAGGUGAUUGAAUUGAUUGUGUGUACGAAUAUGUGUGUGUGUUUUGACUUAAAUAUAUUUGGUGUGUGCUGUUUUGGAGUUCCUUUUAUAUAUAUAUAUAUAUAUAUAUAUUUGGAGAAUGGAUGCAAGUUUCAAAGCACUCAGUUUUUCUGAUUUUAUGUACUAAUAAUUAGGGCCUAAGUUAAAUAAAUAAAAAUGUGUGUGCAUGUAA